UUUUGUUGUUUGUUUGAAUAACAGAGGCAUUGAGAUCACGGAAGCUCUUAGACUACAGAUGGAAGUUCAAAAACGGCUACAUGAACAACUGGAGAUUCAGAGAAAUUUGCAGUUGCGGAUAGAAGAACAAGGGAGGUACCUCCAGAUGAUGUUUGAAAAGCAGAAAUCAGGUAUUGACAAGCUGAAGGGAUCAUCGUCCAAUCAGGAGAAUCUGCCUUCAGAUUCUCCAGACAAAAAUGAAGAGGAUGCCUCCAAGGUAGAUGAUGGCAGGAGGGAAAAGGUCAAUAAUAGUGCCAGCUCUACAUUAGAAGAAAUUUCAAACAUACCAAGUAGAAAGCGAAAGGAUCCUGAAGCUGAAGCUCAUGAGGAGUCUCCAUUAAGUUCCCAACCCUCAAAGCGUCCAAGAACGGAUGAGUAGAGCCAUUAUCUGCAUUUGAUCUCACCAAAAAUAAUGAUUCUGUGAAAGUUCUAAUCUUUUUAAGAACAGACUAGUUCACUGAUGGAUAGGCUUUCAAAGUAGAUGCCCUGCUCUUUUGUUCUAAAGGUCUCCUUGUGUGAAAUUUGCUUAUGCCCUUUGUUAAUAAGUUAAUAUACCCUCCCUCUCCAUCUCUAUCUCGUUCUCCCUCUCUCUACAGAAAGAAAAUGAAGAAGAGUUCUAAAGCAAUAGCUUCGGCCUUUGAAUUCCUACUCUUGUACUCAAAAGAAGGUGCAUUUGAUGUAAGUCGUUAUGAGAAUGAUUUGAUCCCUUAUUUUCAACCUGUAGGGAAUAUUUUGCUGGCAGGAAAUAAUACUUAUUACCCAAGAUUAGCUAUUAUAGAUCCUUAAAUCUUCAGUUGCACACCUUGAUUCCUGAUGGCGUAGCCAUUUUGUAAAUAGAAAUGUAAUAGAAGGCUUUUCAGUCUGGUUUUAUGGAUUUGAAUCUGCAGUGAAA